CGUAGAGGAAUAUCAUUCAGUAGCUACAAGACCACAUGUAUGUGCCGUCAUUCGUAUCUGUUCCUUGUGUCCAUUAUUAUUAUUUCCCUUAUUUGUCAAUCAUAUUCAUCUGCUUUAUUUCUGUUCCGUUUCUGUCCCAGUCAUGCAUCGUAUGACGUAUGUCUUUAUUGUGCUUGAUUAUUAAAGUCCUCGUCAAGUCACAAAGAGUGUUGACAUUUAUUUAACUUGUGAUGCAUCUGAUGUGGCAGUCGAUGCUGUCCUCGAGCAAUACAAGAAUGGUCGUUGGGAGCCUCUCGCCUUUUUCAGCCAGCAACUACGUAAGCCGGAAAUGAAAUACAGCACCUUUGAUAAAGAGCUUUUAGGUGUACACCUUGCAAUACGCCAUUUCCGGUACAUGGUGGAAGGUAGGCAAUUUAUUAUCUACACCGAUCACAAACCGUUGGUCUCUGCAAUGUCAAAAACUACAGACUUGUGGUCAGCCCGGCAGCAAAGACAGCUGUCUGCUAUCUCGGAAUUCAGCACUGACAUCAGGCACAAAUCCGGGAAGACAAACAUUGUUGCCGAUUAUCUCUCACGUGAAGAACAUCUCUGAAAAGUUUGUGUGGCAUGUCCUACGACGUCAGGUCCGCAUUAGGGUGAAACAGUGUCACGAAUGCCAGACGUCGAAAAUCCAGAAAACACCCGUGCUCCUCUAGAGACAUUUAGAGUACCCGACAAGCGGUUUUCGCACAUCAAUAUUGAUAUAGUGGGUCCACUUCCUCAGUCCUGUGGUCAACGGUAUCUUUUAACUAUUAUUGACCGCAACAUACGAUGGCCAGAGGGGAUCCAUAUGCCUAACAUAACAACAGACGAAUGUGUUAACGCUCUCAUAGGAGGCUGGAUCUCCCGUUUUGGUGUUCCUGCCGAUAUAGCAUCGGAUCGAGGAUCUCAAUUCACUUCUGCAAUUUGGACUGAUAUAGCUCAACGCCUGGGAGUCCACUUACACAGAACAACGGCUUUUCACCCCCAAGCAAAUGGAAUGAUCGAACGGUUCCAUCGCUCACUUAAAACGGCAUUGAAGGCCAGACUCACUGGGUGGAAGAACUUCCUUGGGUACUCCUUGGGCUACGAACCGCUCCCAAGGAUGACCUGGGAUAUUCAUCAGCAGAACUGGUCUAUGGCGAGCCACUGACCGUUCCAGGCGAUCUUUUACCCUCUGAAGCAUCUACCUGGUCAACAACAGAUUUUUUGACCACUUUUUGAGCUAAAGCACAGUUCACUAGGCUUAGACCGGCUAUCCACCACAGUGACCCAGUCACAUUCUUCCCACCAUCUUUGUUAACAGCAAAGUAUGUUUACAUCCGCACAGAUACCGUGAAAGGUUCACUUCAAAGACCAUACACAGGUCCUUACAUGGUUCUCGCCACGGGAGAAAAGACCUUCCUUCUGGACAUCGGGGGCCGCACGGAACGCAUCUCAGUAGAUCGCCUCAAGCCUGCCCAGGUAGACCCUACCCAACCUGUCCAUCUACAGUAACCAGCACGACGCGGCCGCCCUCCGGUGUUACGGGAACCAAAGCCUACCGUUAGGAACACCGAUGGGCGAGAGCAAGAUACUGAGGCCGUUCACCACCGACAACUCACGACACGUGCUGGACGUCAAGUGCGUCCACCCACACGCUACCAAUGAUCCCAUGAGACGCCUGUGCUGGGGGAAGAAAAUCUUUCCUUUCUGGCCAUGCUUCCGUCGCCUUCUACAACCUGGUGUUCACUAUAUUAUACCUCCAGCACCAAAUUACAGAAUUCCCCAGAUGCAUCCUCCCUAAGACCCUCCUCCAAGUGCUCUGUCUAUCCCUCGCCUCCUACAUCUGUGUCUCCCGGGUGACAGACAACAAACAUCACCCUACUGACGUCAUCGCGGGGGCGGGGCUAGGGGUGCUUCUGGCAGUUGUCGCG